GCCUCAUGAUAAGAAAACGUAUCUCGCUGUUGGAAGUAUGAAGACUUUACUGUUGAACAUUUCUCUGCUUAAUGUUGGAGAUGAUGCAUAUGAAACUGUCCUCCACAUUCAGAUCCCUACAGGUCUUUAUUUCAUCCGAGUUUUAGAAUUGGAAGAAAAACAGAUACACUGUGAAGUAUUAGACAAAGAAGUUCAUGCAGAGAAACUUGAGUGCAGUGUUGGUUAUUUAUAUGUAGAUCAAAAAUCAAAGCUGGAUUUUAGUUUCCUCUUGGAUGCAAGCUGGUUUACCAGAGCAGAAGAUGACAUCAGUAUCAUCGUUAAUGCUACCUGUAAAAAUGAAGAUGGGAACAUGUUGCUGGAUAACACGCUAACUUUAGCUGUACCUCUAAAAUAUGAGGUUGAGUUAAACGCUCAUGGAUUUGUAUCACCAGCUUCAUUUAUUUAUGGAACAAAUGAGGAAGAUUCACCAGUUAUGUGCAUGAGAGAGAAUAUCAACUUCACUUUCCAUGUUAUCAGUGCAGGACCAAGCAUGGCUCCAAAUACAAACUUAGAGAUAAUGAUACCUAAUGCUUUUCCACCCAAUGACUUCAAAUUAUUCAACAUAUUGGAUAUCAAGACAACAGUUGGCCAUUGCUCCUAUAAUAAAUAUCCCAGAAACUGUAGUGCAGCAGAAAAAAAUGAAAACAUAUUGAAGGAUGUUGUCACUUUCUUUUCAAAGCCUGCUAAGAGACAAAUGUAUUGCAUGAAAAAUGACAGCCUUUGCUUACAAAUACAUUGCAAGCUUGGAAACAUGGAAAGUGGAAAAGAAGCAACCAUUCAGUUGCAUCUGGAGGCUACUCCUUCACUUUUAGAAAUGGAUGAUGCAUCAGCACUGAAGUUUGAAGUAAGAGCAACAGCCUCACCAGAAAAAAAUGCAAAAGUUAUUGAACUGCACAAGGACAAGCAAGUUACAUAUGUCUUUUUGGAAGGACUGCACCACCAAAAGCCAAAAUACCAUGUUACUGUGCUAAUUAUUGGAACAGGCUUAAUAAUUGGUGUUACCUUGUUUUUGCUUCUUUCAUUUCUAUUAUGGAAGAUUGGCUUUUUCAAAAGGCAAUACAAACCAGUGCCUCAAGACAUGAACAGAAGAGACAGCUGGAGUUUUACAACUGGGAACAAAGAUGACUAA